AAACCUUUUCUCAAACAGAUUCAUCAUUCUUUCCAAAACACACUUGCCUUUGCAUUCAUCAGUUCAAUUUUGUUUCCUGCUUCAUUUCUUUUACUGCUAUUCAACCCAGAACUUGAGGCGCCAUGGCCAUGUCGAUUAGAACAAUCACAACAACAGCAGCACUUACUCCUAACAAUUCUAGAUCAUCACUAGUUCAUCAUAAUCUCAGAUUGAACCAGAGGGAAUCAUGUCAUUUUCUUGGAAAUCGUAACUUGCGGUCAUCUAGUACGAGCCUUCAGAGAUUUCAGAUUGGCAGCAAGAUUCUGCUAAUGGUGGUCAACAGCGUUGACCCCAGGACCCCUCCUCUUCCUUCUGAUCCUUCCGGUGGUGGUUCUUGGAAAAUGUGGCUUUUUGGUAUUCUUUUCUCAGUAAUUAUACCCUUUACAAAGAACAAAUGGUACCCAUUACUCAAGUUGAAAGAACAAGUGGAGACGGCGUUGGAUGCCGCAGAAGAAGUCGCGGAGAUUGUGGAGAAGGUGUCUGAGAAAGUGGAGGAGGUUGCCGACGAGAUCGGCAAUCAUCUUCCGGAAGGUAAACUCCGACAUGCUGCCAUGCUUGUGGAGGAAUUAGCUGAUAAGACAGGCAAGGCUGCGGCCCUUGCUGAUGAUAUCAUUGAGAAGACUGAAGAAGUGGAAAGAGAGGUAGACGAUAUCAUUGAGAAGGCCAAUGAGAAAAAGAAGGAACACAAAAUUAAAGAAACGACUACCAUGCAAGCUGAUAAUAUUAAAAAUGAGACAGUUGAGAACUGAGACAGCUAAUCGCUAGCUCAAAUACAUACAUGUAAAUCAUGUAUUUAUCAUUUGGAUUGUUAACGUAGUCAUGACUCAAUAUUUUUUUAUUUGUAAACAUCUUGGA